UUUGUCAUAAACAUGCUUGAAAGCCGUGUGAUUAUUUAUAAUUUCUAGGUUAUAAAGUUCGUACAUUCUCCGUGUUUUUAAAGUAAAUUACUUUUAAAAUGGUGAAGAAGAAAAUAGAUAACCGUAUAAGGGUUAUGAUAGAGAAUGGCGUUAAAUUGGGACACCGAACAAUGAUUAUCCUUGUGGGAGACAAAAGUAGAGACCAAGUUCCAAUUUUGUAUGAUAUGCUUGUAAAGUCUACCGUCAAGGCUAGGCCUACAGUUCUUUGGUGCUAUAAGAAUAAGGAUGAAGCUAUUAGCAAUCAUGGACGUAAAAGAGCAAAGAAAAUAGCUGCAGGCAAGCUGGAGGUGUCGGAAGAAUCUCUGUUUGAUGCGUUCAGAGUGGCUACCACUAUACAUGGACGGUAUUACUCUGAGAGUCACACCAUGCUCGGUCAGACAUAUGGCAUGUGUGUGUUACAGGAUUUUGAAGCCCUCACUCCCAACUUGAUGGCGCGUACAGUGGAGACUGUAGAAGGAGGAGGUUUGAUUGUAUUCCUGCUCAAAUCCAUGGACUCCUUGAGACAGUUGCAUUCUAUUACCAUGGAUGUUCACUCCAGAUUCAAAACUGAAGCGCACGACACAGUAGUGAACCGCUUUAACGAGAGAUUCCUCCUAUCUCUAGCUGAUCACCCUCGGUGCUUAGUACUGGAUGACUCUCUCACAGUUCUGCCUAUAUCCUCGAAGACUGCUCAAGUGGAGCCUGUUGAUGUUACUCCUGAGCGUGUGAACCCAAAACUGACUGAACUAAUAUCGUCGCUAUCGGACUCGCCGCCGGCCGGGCCGCUUGUCGCGUUGUGUCGCACUUACGACCAGGCGACCGCGCUAGUCGCACUUAUUAACACACUCGCUGAUAAACAGACCAGACCGCCUCACUGCCUCACAGCUGCCCGAGGCCGAGGUAAGUCCGCCUGCCUCGGCCUCUCGAUCGCCGCAGCCGUUGCUCUCGGCUACGUCAACAUCUACGUCACUUCCCCGCAUCCAGAAAACUUAAUCACGUUAUUCGAGUUCUUACUAAAAGGACUCGAUGCGUGCCUUUAUCAAGAACAUAUCGAUUACAAUAUUGUAAGGUCGACGAACCCGGAUUUUAAGAAGGCGAUUAUAAGAGUCAAUAUUGCCAGGAAUUCGAGGCAAACUGUGCAGUACAUAACCCCGGACGAGCACACACUCAUGUCGGCAGCUGACUUGGUCCUAGUAGACGAGGCCGCCGCCAUUCCCCUCAGCCACGUGUCGGCCGCAGCCACGCGUGCGCCACUGGCGCUGCUGUCGUCCACGGUGUCGGGCUACGAGGGCACGGGGAGAGCGCUGUCAUUGAAACUGUUCGCCAAGUUGCAGACGCAGCAUAAUGCUCCGCCACCGAUAAAACUAGAAGAACCAAUACGUUACCGUUCCGGCGACGCUGUAGAGGCGUGGCUUAACUCCCUCCUGUGCCUGGAAGCCCCGCCCCCGUCCGUAGGGGCGGGCGCCCCGCCCCCCGCCGCCUGUGAACUUUACCGCGUUAAUAGAGACGCCUUGUUCUGUUACCAUAAAGCUGCUGAAGCCUUUCUGCAUAGAAUGGUCGCUAUUUACGUGGCUAGUCAUUAUAAGAACAGUCCGAACGACAUACAACUGCUGGCGGACGCGCCGGCGCAUUGCCUGUUCGUGUUGCUCGCGCCGACGCCGCCCAGUAGCACCAGCAUGCCGGAGAUACUCUGUGUCAUACAGAUGUGUCUAGAAGGCAAUAUUUCUGACAAGUCAGUCCGAGACAGUCUAGGCCGCGGUCGCAAAGCCGCCGGCGACCUCAUCCCGUGGAACAUUUGUGAACAAUUUGGAGAUAAAGACUUUCCCAAACUGUCUGGAGCCAGGAUAGUGAGGAUUGCUACACAUCCUUCUUAUCAGAGGAUGGGUUACGGCAAGCGGGCUCUACAGCAACUAUCAGCAUACUACUCGGGCGACGUGCCUUGCCUAGACGAGGAACACUCUGACGACGAUGAUGUUAACGCCAAUGGCAACACUAAUACGCUGCACACUGAGAAUAUCGUGCCUAGGAGUAAACCGCCAACUUUGCUGAAACGUUUAACAGAAGUUCGCGCGGAACACUUAGACUACCUCGGCACAAGUUUUGGUCUUACUGAAGAAUUGCUCAAGUUCUGGAAGUCGCAGAAAUACGUGCCUGUAUAUCUCAGUCAAAAAGCCAACGAGUUGACAGGCGAACACUCGUGCAUUAUGCUCCGAGCACUCGGCGAGGCGAGUUGGCUGUCGGCUUACAGUGCCGACUUCCGACGCCGCCUCGCCCGACUUCUGCCUCGGGCUUUGAGGAAGCUGCCCGCCUCGCUAGCUCUGACCACGCUAGUUAACGACAAUGUUAAGGUGGAUAAACCUGCGUUAACAAAGGAACUAAUAGGCCAGCACCUAUCAGGCCACGACUUGGCACGUCUCGAGGCUUACACGCGACAACAGGCUGACUACAGACUCAUAACAGACUUACUGGCUUCACUUGCAAACCUCGUGUUCCUUGCGAAGACCACGGCUAAACUAGAUGCUAUUCAACAAGUUCUAUUCAUAGCAAUGGGUUUCCAAAUGAAAGAUGUGGAUGACAUAGCAUCCGAACUUGGGUUACCAGGCUCUCAGAUCCUGGCGAAGUUUUUUGAAGCUUGCAAGAAAAUAAACGCUUCGUUAAACGCUGUUCUAGAAGAUUCCGUUGCCAAGGAGAUCGGUAUUGAUGAUAAAAAUACAGAUGACGUGUCUAUGGGACCUGUCAAACAGAGCUUACAAGAAGAAUUGUCGAAGGCAGCAAAGGACUUGGAGCGCAAACAGCGCAAGGAAUUAUCUCGUCUGAUGGGCGAAGACCUCGCGCAGUACCGCAUCAAGGGCAGUGACCUCGACUGGGGACAGGCGCUUGCUGGCACUAAGCAGAAACAACUAGUCUCUGUUAAGAGUGGCGAGAAACGCUUAGGCGACGACAGCAAGGAAAUUGAUGACCUGAUAGAAGCACACUCGCAGAAGAAGAAAAAGAAAAAGAAGCAUGUACGGAACCAAGAAUAAAAACAUUGUUUACUU